CGUGCCUGGAUGCCAGUGAAAUUCCAACUUCCUAUCCUGGAGUCCUGAUCGAUGGAAAUGGUAUCUGUAAAUUCAGAAUCGGCUGCCUACCCGCCACGCUGCCUUGCACUCAUGCCUGAUUGAACGCCUUCACGGUGAAGAUCCCUCAACAAACCAGACAGAAGCCCCGUAAACGUAGUGGGAGUGAUCAGACGGAUCCCAAAGCGCCGAAACAACCACAACGCCACCACAAAGAACGCCUCCAGUCUUCGCACCAUGAUGCUCUUCCAAACUUCACCGCAUCCUUUCCAAUACAUAAAGAUUGGCUGAAUAAAAUAGACUGAAAUAAGGAGAGGGCGGCAUGCGGAACGACAGCGGCGUGAUGGACUCUGGGCGUGGUGGUUGGAGCUUGACCACGCGACCAUUGCUCCUGCUGAGGAUGCCGGUGCGGUCAAGUUUGCCCAGACGGGUACAGCACACCCGAGUCACUAUCCUGGUCUCCGGCGCAACCUCAUCCAUCCCUGACUCGUUUCUAGCCGUCAAGUGGUGGCUCUUUCUGCCAAUGAGGAAACGAACUAGACCCGGCGUCCAGCCCAUGUCCGUCAUUCGGAAGGGGCUGGAGGCCGGGAAGCCGGGAAGCCGGGAGCGGAGUGCGGGCGAUGAGAAGGUGUCGAAUGUCGAUCGGCUAUCUCCAGCGACCCUCCUUGUCAACCGCCUGAGGAUUGCAGGUGCUUCAGUACGGGCAGCUGGCGCAGUGAGCACUGCUGGGACAGUAGUCGUGGGUGCCAAAAUCGACGGCUUUGCAGCAAAACGAGCAGCAGUGGUUGACGAGUUCCUGAUACUCCGUGACCGCCAUGUUGCCUGGUACCUGCCCUGCCAUUUCAUGCGUUCGUCGGACCAAUCGAUGAGAGUGGACAAGGCGCGCGAGAAAAAGGAAGUCAGAAUUGCCAUCAAACACCGCGCCGCCGGUAUCCUGCCAAGACCUUUCAGUUUUGUCACGGGAACGAGCCGACACCUGCCGCCAGCAACACCGAAGCCGGAUCGCAUGGAGAUUAUCCCCUUCUUCAAACCUCAAUCCUUGACUUUGUCGAGGUUUCAUGAGUUCAAGGAGCUACCGCCCCCAAAGCGGAAGAAAUCCGAGGAGUAUGGUGGUUUAGCUGAGCAUAACCAGGGCUCUGCGACCCCGAACGCCUAUCCCCGCAGACCGCCUGGCUACGGCCCAAGACCGGGAAAGCUCAGGAAGCUCACCGAUCGGCUUCCUACAGCGUCUUCGCUGUCGUGCACCCUCAACUGCAUCAGCUGUGAUAGCCUCAACCGAAGCAAGCUCAGUCGCAAUCUUUCGGUCAAGAAGGUUUACAUUCGUGAUAGAUCGCUCUCCGGAAUGCCCAGUUUGGCCUAUUCGUGGUUUACGCAGUCCGCAUGUGCAUGUAGUAAUCCGCAUCUGCCGGAGGAGCCAAAUCUCUCGGUCAAGCUGGAGCACGCUGAGGGGCCCAGUCAAGUGCGGAGGUUUGUUGUGGAUCUGUGGGUCUCCUUGGCCCUGUAG